GAGGAACAGAGAGACCACUGGAGGAAGCUCCCAGCUGUAGGUUCAUCUUUGCUUGCUCAGCGUCAGAGUUCAGGGAGAGACAAAUCCAGACAGACAAGUUGCCAAGAGGAAGGGGACACAGCACAGAGUAGCCAGACAUGGCUAUGGGACAGCGAGUACCGGACUUGGCUUCAUGACGUAGGGACGGCACUGGGUCACAUGACAGUAGAAGAGGAUAAAGAAGAAAAGAAGUGAGUAACCAUUCAACCCAACAUCAAUGUCAUAAUCUUCUGUUUAAGUAUAAUAAUGCAAACAAUG